ACCCCCAUAUAAGUUGCAAAGAUUAAAACCCCUUAUUUGACGAAGGGGCCAGUAUCGGAGGACUCUACUCGCCGUGGUCUCUGGCAUCAACAAAUGGCCCCUAAAAGAGGUGGAAAGGCACCUGCACGAGCCAAGAAGAAGGCUGAGAAGGUUGUGAAUCCCUUAUUCGAAAAGCGUCCUAAGCAAUUUGGGAUUGGGGGAGCUUUACCUCCAAAAAGGGAUUUGCAUAGAUUUGUGAAAUGGCCAAAGGUCAUACGCAUUCAAAGGCAGAGGAGGAUCCUUAAGCAGCGUUUGAAGGUUCCUCCUGCUCUGAAUCAGUUCACCAAAACAUUGGACAAGAACCUUGCAACAAAUCUUUUCAAGAUGCUUCUUAAGUACCGACCUGAAGAUAAGGCAGAGAAAAAGGAAAGGCUUUUGAAAAGGGCUCAGGCAGAGGCAGAAGGGAAGACUGUUGAAUCAAAGAAGCCCAUUGUCGUCAAGUAUGGUCUCAAUCAUGUUACAUACCUUAUUGAGCAGAACAAGGCUCAGCUUGUGAUUAUUGCUCAUGAUGUGGAUCCCAUCGAGCUUGUUGUUUGGUUGCCAGCUUUGUGCCGCAAAAUGGAAAUCCCUUACGCCAUCGUAAAGGGGAAGGCUCGCUUGGGCACUAUUGUGCACAAGAAGACAGCUGCAGUCUUAUGUUUGACCUCAGUGAAGAAUGAGGAUAAGUUGGAUUUCAGCAAGAUUGUGGAGGCAAUCAAGGCCAAUUUCAACGACAAGUAUGAUGAAUACCGCAAGCGAUGGGGUGGGGGCAUCAUGGGCUCCAAAUCCUUGGCCAAGACCAAAGCUAGGGAGAGGCUCUUGGCCAAGGAAGCAGCUCAGAGAAUGACUUGAAGAAAGGGAGCAUUUUGCUUCUGUAAAUUUAGAGCAAGGAAGAGUGUUUGCUCUUUUCUUGUCACCCUGUUUCUUGGUUUUAGAUUUUCUUGAUUUCAAUCUCAUCAUCAUUUCAUCAGCAUCUUCGAGAUUAGGUUUUUUGUGUUUUUGAGCAUGAGCUGAAUCAGGUAUCUUCAACUUUGAUUGUAUCCGUGCCAGUUUUCCGUGGGAAUAUAUUUUGCUACUUGAUAUGCCUUCUCUCUCUCUCUCGUUCUUUUUCGUUUUUGUGGAUGUUUGCAAUGCGAUACUGAUUUAAUUUAUUGAAAAAAUAAAUUCUGAUUAGCAGGGUUAUACAA